AUGAAGCAUGGCUCGCUCGAUAAGCCUAGCAGGGUUGCAUGGGCGAAAAGCCUUUUCUCCAAGAAACCUUUGAGUAAUCUUGUACAAAAGCAGCAACAAUGGCUUUGCGAAAGGCUGACGCGAGACACAGCUACACACUAUCGACUUUGUCUGUUUCAUUUCCAUAAGUCAAGCUUUACAGUACUUAACGAAUGCAUUGACUUCGAUCAAACUUCGCAGCCGCUUGGCCUGAAUAUUUGUCAGUACGCAAAAAUACCUCGAGGUCCCCAAGGUGUUGUGAAAUGUCCUCUUUGUGAUACAUGGAAUGUAGAAUCGGAAAUGACGCAAAUUCGUACUCCUAGCGGAUUAGCUGAGCGCAAUUUUCUCGUGGAGAUUCUCAUCAGUGUCGAUAAGACGACAUUACGGAAAGGAGUUGACAAAUUGAGCGCCGAAGCAGCAACGAUUUGCAAAGCUCACAUGCCUGAUGAGGUGGGUACUUUAAUGUUACCAAUACCACUAGCACAUCUUUAAAC